CUGUUUUUUAUAGACUUCCGGUACACCGUCGGCCAUCUUUACUCUUGUGAUACUUCAUCCUCGUAUUCAAGCUUCCAGUCUUUUAAGCAGUGGUUUUCAAGGAUGAGCAGCCGAGAAGAGCUUGUGCAAUGGGCAAAGUUUGCCGAACAGGCAGAAAGAUUCGAAGAUAUGGCUGAAGCCAUGAAAAAAGUCACAGAAGGUUUGGCAUCCUCUGACAAUAAAGAACUGUCAUCAGACGAGAGAAAUCUCUUGUCGGUGGCGUACAAAAAUGUCGUAGGUUCCCGACGAUCAUCGUGGCGAAUGAUGUCUAUGUUGGAAUCGAAAAUAGAAUCUAAUCCAACAAAGCUGGCUCUGGCGAAAAAGUUCAGGCAGAAAAUCGAGGAAGAACUGGAGAAAAUUUGCUUAGAAGUUUUAGAACUUCUGGAUAAGCAUCUCUUAGUAAAUGUAACAUCAAUCGACAGCAAGGUGUUCUUUCUGAAGAUGCAGGGUGAUUAUCAAAGAUAUCGGGCAGAAUAUGCUAAUGAAAAGGCUAAGGAUGCCGUCAUAGAAGAAGCACAGAAGUCAUAUCAGCUAGCGUAUGAUACUGCUAAAGCUAACAUGAACCCAACACAUCCUAACCGUUUAGGAUUAGCUCUUAACUUUUCUGUAUUCUACUACGAGAUUAAAAACAAUCCAGAGCAGGCUUGCCAUUUAGCUCAACAAGCAUUUGAUGACGCAAUAGCUGAACUUGACACUUUAGACGAGGAAAUGUAUAAGGACAGUACUCUCAUCAUGCAGCUCCUUCGGGACAAUUUAAACCUGUGGACAUCUGAUGCCCAGCAAGAAGGAAAAGGAGAUAAUGCUGAAAACUAGUCAUUUUAAUUUAUUUAUGUGAAAUUUUUGCUUUGAUUUUACACCUUAAAACUAGUCAUUGACUCUCUGGCAUUUAUUUUGAUAUUAAUGAGAAAUAUUUGCAUACCUUUAGCUUUGUCAAUGCAUGAAACAUCAAUGAUAGCUGAAAUUUGAAUAUUGUAACCAUCAGAGAUGGCAAUUUAUUUACAUUUAACAAUGUUUUUUUAUUUAUUUAUUUAAAUUGAAUCUCACAAUAAUGGCAUAUGGAAAUAAAAUCAAAUAAUGAAUGUAAUGAAAUUUUUUUAUGUUUACACUAUUAUAAUUUUUUUAUUAAAUUAAAAAAGGUUUAUCAUGUACUUGAAAAGUAAUACAUGUAAAGUCAAAUAAUAAAUUUGAUGUUUUAAAUUUUUAUAUUUAACAGGUCUAUUAAAACCUGAAAGGGAAUGAAAAAAGAACAAUAGUUUUCAAAUCAGCAUAUUUGAACAGAUUUGCAAUACUGAUUUCUAAUAUACUGUUUGAUUUGUUUCAUUUAUUAUUACAGUUUGGGGCUUAAAGCCUACACCUACAUCCUCAUAUGAAUAUUCAUUAAAAUUGUGUGCAAUUACUUGAAUUAUUAUUCAAUUUUUCAUUUUUUUGCCUUUUCCUUGUACGUGUCAUAGAUUCUUUUCAAUUGUUAUCCUUUAAGAUAAUAAUGUCAAGUUGGUGUCCGUUGAUGUUUUUACCUAUGUUUUUGUUUCCUCCAAAAAUAGAUAUGAUUUAUGACUAUUGCGUUCUAUUAAGGAUAGUUAUUUAUUUUGUUUGCUUGUUUGUUUUGAUUAGGGUAUACAUGUACAUGUUAAUGUGGAUUUACAAUGAACUGCAUGUCUAGAAACCGGUCAUCUUUGAAUUGCUUUAGUAAUAACCAAAGUGUGCUGAAUGAUUUUUGUAUGUUAUACAUGUAUGUCGUAUGUAUUAAAUUCAUGUUGUAAAAUUA